AUGGACAGCUACAGUCCCAAAGUAGAUUCUCUUUCUUAUCAUACAAACACAAGAAUGGAUAUAACGACUCUAUUCGAAAAAUAUAAAAAGACUCACAAUAAAUUAAGUCCACUCCCUUUGAAUCAGUUUUAUCCCAUGGCAAUAAAUGAGAAUUGCGACUUGCUUCAAAUGUAGCCAGAUAGUGAUGUUCAAAACUUUGUUUCUUUUAGAGAACUAAAUUAAGGGGCGGUUUCAGAAUUAAAGCGAUCAUUGCAAUAAUCAAAAAUGGUUUGGAAUAAUUACAGUAAAUAUCUGUUUGGAGAGGCAUCCUUGGAUGAGGUAGAAAUGGAAAGUGUCGAUUAAUAAAAAUCUUAUACAUCUCGAAAAUUGCAAUUGCUUCAUAAUAGAGAGACAUUCCAUAAAAUGAGGAAGCAAUACAAACAAUAUGAAGAAGACUAAAUGAACCAAGUUAAAUAAGCAUUAAAAAAGAUUCACUCAUAAACUAAUGGAAUUAAGGUCUAUCCAUCCUUAGCCUAUUAGGAUUAACAAAAGUUGGAACUGCUACGAAAAUAAGUAAGAUUGGGCGGGGCUUAAUAAUUACAUGAAAGAAAUGCUGAUGCUUAACAAUUAUAAAAAAGAAUACUUGAGUCAUAAGUGGCAUUAAGUCAAAUUAAAAAGCAAUUUGCUUAUGCUUAUAAUUUCGACUAUAACUUCUGGGGUCCUUGUUCAAGAGAUGGAAGUUCAAUGGUCACUUAUGACAGAAAGCUUUAUUUGUAUGGAGGUUCUAGUUCAGUUCAAUAGGAGGAUUUGUGUGUGGCCAUAGUUGAUAAAUGUAAAAAUGAGUUCCAUAUAUCAAAUAGAAUUUUAUAAGUGGAGUCCUCAAAAAUUAGAUGAGAAAUCAAUUCAUGGAUACAGAGUUCAUCAUAGUGCUGGAAUCUAUAAGAACUUUAUGAUUCUGUUUGGUGGUGAAAUUCAUGUUGAACAAUCGAACCACAAAUUAGUUAGUGAAUGCACCAGCGAUGUCAAGACAAUUUCAUUGAGUAAACAAUAUUUGAAUUUAUAAAGCAUCAUUUGAUAUCAAAUUGAUCAAAUAACCUGGUACAAUCCCUCCAAGAAAAUGUCAUAUUGGUGAAAUAGUUGGAAGAUAUUUAAUAAUUUUUGGAGGAAUUGAUAAUAGAGGUAAUUAUAUGAAAGAUUUACUUUGUUAUGACAUUCCACAAUCUAAAUGGGUUCAAUUGAAUGUAGAUCCAUAUGAUUUAUAUCCCAAUGGAAUUGCUUUUCAUAAAUCUUGCUUAGUCACUCAGAAUAAAUUUUGUGAUAUUUAUAGACAAGACCCUGAUCUUAAGUUUUCCAAUUAAGGAAUUUAUGUAUUCGGAGGUCAAGAUAAAUUUGGAGAUUAUUUAGAUACUUUUAUUCGUAUUGAUGUGUAUUAAAAACCUAUUCGUAUUGAGCAAGUUGAAUACAAAGGAAGCAGUCCUAGUAAGAAAUUCUUAUUAAUAUUAAAGUUGCUAGAUGUCAGCAUUCCAUGAAUUACAAUGAAGCUUUAAGUUCCAUUGUUGUAUAUGGGGGAAAAAAUGAUGACAAUACUUUUGAAGGAUUCUUAAAUGAUUUAUACUUGUUUGAUGUGAAGAACUCCUCUUGGAUUCAACUAGAAUUAAAAGGAGCUUAAAUGCCUGGAAGAUGUGGCCACUCCUCUUCCUGCAUCGAUACUAAAAUUUUCAUUUUUGGUGGAUACAAUUAUAAUGGGUUUGUCAAAAGUGAUAUUCUAGUUGUUGAAUUAGACUCGAAUAUUUCACAUUAAUUAAUCUAAUCUGAUAAAGUUAAUGAAGAAAAACCUAGAAACUCAAAAAUUAGAGUGUCUUUUCAUUAAAUACCAGAAAAAAGAAAAACUAUUGAUAAAACUAACGAAAGGAAAAAAGAAAUUGAAAAAUUAAACUUUAAAAAUUCUCAUUCAUUCUUACCCAUGCCUAGACGAGUCACAAUGCUCAUAAAUGCUAUGAGAUUUGGAUAAGAACCUAAAGUAAAUACUGAAGGUUCAGGAUCCAAUUCAAAUAAAAAUUCACCCAAAGAUGGUACAAGAAGACCUCAUCGUAAUAUGACUAUGAUUGUUGAAGGCAAACAAGAAAAAUGA